AUGCGAACCACGCUGUUCCGCUAUGUAAAAGAAGUCCAGUACAAGGAUCCGAAUGGUGAGGUCAUGAUUUUUAAUGAUAAAGGAGAACUGCCCAGCCCAAUGGAAAUUGUAAAUUGGAUUACAAGAAUUAAAGAUAAAAAUAUCACUGAUUGGAUGAUUGUGGGUCACUUUGAUGGGUUCCUUUCAGAGGGUCAGCAACUUACACUAGAACCAGAGCGAAUAUCAUGGAAAGGAGACAAGGUCCCAAGAGGUCAAUGCUCCGAGGAAUGUCUUCCGGGGUUCAGAAAAUCUGUAAGAGAAGGAUAUCACCCAUGUUGUUAUAAUUGUGCUCCGUGUUCAGAAGGAGAAAUAUCAAACCAAUCUGACAGUGAACUCUGCAAGAAGUGUCCUGAAAAUGAAUGGCCUAACAAAGCUAAAACUAUUUGUAGUGACAAGGUCAUAGAGUAUUUAUCAUACGAGGAGGACAUUCUAGUUUUAUUUUUUUCUAUAACUUCAGUCAUAUUUGCUACAACAUCUCUCCUGUGUGAAUGCAGCCUUAUACUUGGACUAUUUGUUUGGUUUCGGAGCACUCCCAUAGUCAGAGCCAAUAACCGGAACCUCAGCUUCAUUCUGCUCCUCUCCCUCAUAUUGAGCUUCCUUUCUGUAUUCCUGUUCCUUGGCCGUCCUGUGGAUAUUACCUGUAUGCUGCAACAAGUCACUUUUGGAAUUCCCUUCACCAUCUCAGCAUCUUCUAUCCUCGCCAAAACCAUCAUGGUCUUCAUUGCUUUUAAAGCCACCAGACCUGGAAGCUCUUGUAGAAAAUGGGUGGGAGUCAAACUUCCCAAUACAGUCAUGUUAUUCUGCUCAUCCAUUCAGGUUAUGAAUUGCAUUCUCUGGUUGUCCAUCUCUCCACCAUUUCAGGAGUAUGACAUGGACUCCUAUCCUGGGAAGAUCAUCAUUCAGUGUAAUGAAGGGUCAGUUAUCGGCUUCUACUCUAUGUUGGGUUAUAUGGGGUUUCUGGCAGCUGUGAGUUUUCUUCUGGCUUUCAUGGUGAGGACAUUACCGGACAGUUUUAAUGAGGCCAAGUACAUCACCUUCAGCAUGCUGGUGUUCUGCAGUGUCUGGAUUGCCAUGAUCCCGGCCUAUCUGAGCACCAGAGGGAAAUACAUGGUGGCUGUGGAGAUAUUCGCCAUACUGACCUCCAGUGCUGGAAUAUUAUUGUGUAUGUUUUCUCCAAAACUCUACAUUUUACUUUUCAAACCUGAACUGAACACAAGAGGGACAAUGCUGGGGAAGAGAAUGAUGUAAAUGUAACACAUUGAUUCAAUGUAUAAUGCUGUAGAUCAGAUUAAACAAAUUCAGUCA